AUGGAAGGACCGAAAAGGUCGAAUUGGGCAGAUGACAGUGAUGAGGAUUUGUCUGAAGAAGAGCAGCCUCCAAAAAACGAAGAAGCUCCUCAGCAGUCACAAUCCGUCACUUUGUCAUCAUCUCAACCUAUAAAAUCUUUAUCAUCAAAAAUCGAAAGCGCAAGCCCUCCUUAUUGUCUCAAGCUCUGCAACAUUUCUUAUGAUAUCAGAGAUGAAAAUGAACUAUAUGAAUUUUUUGGUCUCACUGACGAAGAAAUAGAUGAAAUUUCGAUUGAUAUGCAUAAAAAUGAAAGAAAUCAGUUCAAAGGCAGCGCGGCCUUAAAAAUGCCAAAUAAAGAAAUAGCUUUGAAAAUUGCGAAAAGGGAUGGAGACGUACUAAGGAACAGAGAUAUGAGCAUUUAUCUAGAUGACGGAUCUUAUGAUGGAGGGAGAAGAAGAGGCAGAGGAAGAGGUGAUCGAGGAGAUAGAGGAGAUAGAGGAGAAAGAAGAGGAGAAAGAAGAAACAACGGAAGAGGAAGAUAUCAGCAGCCUCAAAGAAGCAGAUACAACAAUAGCAACAAUUAUGAGUCUAGAAAAGAAGAAAAGCCUAAAGAAAGGCCAAAAAUAAUUAAUUCAGGAAAAAUCGUAAUUGCACCAUCUUCAGAGCAGUCUGUCAAAGUUGAGGAAGAAAAAUUACCUCCACCGCCAAAACCAAAGUCAAAUCCUUUUGGAAAUGCCAAACCUAUUGACACCUUGGCAAAAGAAUUAGAAUUUGAGAGAAAGAGACAGCAAGAGGAAGAAGAAAAAAGAAAAGAAUAUGAAGAAAAAUAUGAAGAUUAUGAGCAAGAAGAGCUAGAAGAAGGAGAAAUUCAAGAAAAUCCUGCAGAGAACCAAGAAAAACCUGAAGAAAAAGUAGAAGAAGCCCAGGGAAAACCUCAAAGAUAUGUCAAAAAAUCGCCGAGAAAAGAAGAGCCUAAGGUGGAAGAAAAAACUGAUGAAAUUAAGGUAAAAAAACCAAAAGCUUGGGGAAAUGAUGAAGAAACCAAAAAAAUUCUUUCUAAUGCUCCGCCACCUGUAGAAGUGAAACCAAAAACUCAAUAUAAUUCUUAUAAGCAAGGGAGACAUGAAAAAUCAGGAGGAAGACAAGGAAAAUACAGAGUAAAGCAGCCUAGAGCUCAGGAAACUAAUAAUGAGUAA